UUGGUCUACUGACAUGAUGCCCGAAAUUAUUAUAAGCGUCUGCAGCCUGAUGGGAUUAUGCUAUAGUGCCCUGGUAAACCUGCUUUCAAAAUUGUUCGGUUAUUUCCGUAUUUGGUUUAUGUACCACUGCACUGCCUCCUCGCCCAGUAAGAGUCUGCGUCCCUACCUCUACAAGAUCGAUCUCUAUGUGUGGCAGAUUAUCUACGGAACGCCGGAUACCGGUCACGUGGUCUUAUUUAAUGGUUGGCACAAUGGCCGCACGGUCGUGUGCGACGACUGCCGGUUGAAACGUGUGGGUGAAUUGAUUGACCAGGCAAAAAUAUGCCUGGACGUGGUGCUGCUCUCCACCGCCAAUGUCCAGUACCUUGACCGCAUGUUGGCUGCACAUAAUCGAGGCGUCAAUGUGCGCAUUCUCGCCAGCGAGGAAAUGCUCGCGGCUAAUGGGCCAGCGAUGCAGCUAAUCUGCGCCUUGGGUGUGCCGGUGCGCGGCUCCCCGACCGGUGUAAAAUUCGGCUACAAUUUUGCUAUAAUAGACAGUGAAAAGCGAGCAAUGGGGUUAGAGGCCACGCAGGAUACGGUCCACACCUGUCUUUGGCGUCUCAGGGGCAACAUGAAAGGAUGUGUCCGCAGGAUCCUAGCUGUCGUGAAGCAGAAACGCGAUUAUAGGCAUGAUAAUUACCACUACCAAAUUUUCUUUGAUGAAUGGGACUUCCUAUAUCCCAUCACCCCGCCUUACUUCGCAGAACGUAAUUUUGUCGAAGUUACACGUUAAUUCAAUUAUAUCUUAUUUUAAUGAUUAA